AUCGACACAAGUGAAUAAACUUUGCGAAGGUGUGAACUGGAUAGAUAUAUGCUUGAUGAAAGUUUUAAUUAAUAUUAAUAGUUUCAAAAUUGUUAAAUCAACAAUUAAAAAGCAAGCACUUUAGUAAACAAUAAUAACAAUAAUAAGUGAUGAGAAAUUUCUAAUAUAAUAACUAAAAUCCAAUGUACGUCCUUCAACUUUAUUAGCAAAUCACGGAAAAAUAUUUUGCUGAAAUCUCACACAAUUGGCAACGUUUAUGUACGAAUGAAAUUUGACAACUUUAAUUUAAUAAACGAAAUAGAGAAUUUAAAUUUAAUUAUUAAAAUAAGUAUGCAACAAAAACCAGAUUGAAGGCACAAGUGAAAUUUAUAUUGCUUGCAGUAUUUUAAGAGAGGCGUCGAUUUAAUGUUACCUUGCAGGGUACGUUGUAUUUUACAAGAAACUUUGAACUUGAAUGGACUAUUGGUGUGUGUAAAUUUGCAAAAAUGAAGCAAGAUAUGGCAGCACCCAGUCUAAUGAGAAAAACAAAUUCUAAAAAUCAACCCACAACUACGCCUCCAGCUAAACGUAGUUUGUGGCGCAACCGUAGCACAUCGGAGGGACCAAGCGUAAACCGUAGUCCGAUUACAAAAGCAUUCGAUUUUCUACCUUGGACACGUAGCAAAAAAACAACUGAAAAACCUACUACUGCUAUCACAACACGCACAAAUUUAAUACAAGAUGAGAAAAAAGACAGCACUGCACACUACCAUCGCAAUAUAUUUCGUAGUGGCGGUGGAGUGAUACGUGAUAUACUUAGUGAUAAAACUAAUAAGGAAAAGGUGUCUGAUUCCAGUAGCAACAAUUCAAAAAAGGACACACAACGCAAGACUAAACAAAUAAUAGCACGCAAUAAAAGCUUAGACAUAAAUGAGCUAAUCGAUUGUGUUGAAAAACAGGAUGCAGCUGAGAAACAGAUACAUGGUCGCUCUACGUUUAUAGAUGAUACAUUCAUCGAAAAUAUUAUAAGAAAUAGAAAUGAUUAUCGUUUAAAUUUGGCAGCAGCAGAAGAUGAUGAUGAUUAUUUUUUUGGUAGUAAUGAGCUGGAUCAUCAGGAUGGCUAUAAUACUAAUGGUAUACAGUACCAAAAUGAUGCGCAAACACAUUUCGUCAACGAAUCAGUACACAGUAACAUCACUACUACUAGAAACACAACCACAUCCAUUAGUACAAACGCUACUCACACUGGUGAUUUGCAUAGUCACAACAACAAACACAUACUCUUCAAUGAUGAAAAUACUGUGUAUUUAAUAAAAAAGGAACUUCCGGUCAAUCAGGAAAUAAGUAAGAGUAUAGGAUACACUGGACACACUAAAGGUAAUAGAAAAUUAUCACCAAAUCAUGACACUAAUUAUGAAAAGGAAGGUGUGCAAAAUGAACAUUCAGAAAAUUCUGUACUUAAAGCGCGGCUCAAACUAAAAAAGCUGUCACUAGAAACAACACCAAAGUCAACAAAGUCUACAGCAAUAGAUAUAAUGGACAAUAAUCAUGCUGUGUCGGGAAGUUAUUCAAAUCAACGUAAUUAUCACCCAUCAAAAGCGUUAAACGAUACUUGUAGCAAUAUUAUCGGAAAACGUAGUUUACUGCAGCGACAAAAUACUUCGCCAAUAGAAACCUAUCCCAAUCUAAUAACGACACCUGAGCUCGGCCGACGCCAUAAUCAACUUUAUCAGCGCUCUGAGCAACGCGUGCAAAUGCGACGAAGAAAAUCAUUAACUGAUGGUUUUUAUGAUAGCGCACAAUUCGAUAAUAAUGGCGCUACGAGCAACUUGUCGAGUGGUGCUGGUGUCAUGACUUUUGAACGCCCUAAAACUGACAAACCACGCAAAAAGCUGUCGUUUCGUGAACCUGUUGUAGCGGAAAGGAAUAGAACACGUCGUCUUAGCUCACCCACCCAGCACAGCCAUUGUGGUACACACAGUGGUGGUUGUGGUGUUUGUGGUGGUAAUAGUAAAGUUGUUCCAGUUGGUGGAGCUGUGGAUGGCGGUUAUAUAGAAGUGCCUACUACUCCUACUGCUGUGGUUAUUAAAAGUGGCAAUAAUGGCAACUGUGAUAAUUUAAGCAAGUCACCGGCUCAAGAUAGUCGCUUUGCAAAAUGCAAUAAUAUGUCAGGCGAAACACCAGGUUGUGGUUUUAUGGAUAAUAAUGAAUUUGAGUCACAAGCAAUGCGCAUUGUUCGCACAGUCGGCCAAGCCUUCGAAGUAUGUCACAAAUUUAAUCUUCACAAAAAUUCCGUGGAUCAUAACGAUGAACGAUCAGAUGCCUCAUCGGAGCUGCUUGACGUAGAUCGCAUAUCGGAGCAGCAGUUAAGCGAUGAUGAGAUUGGAAAGAAAGAGCAAUUAACUGUAACGCCAGAUAUCAAUCCACCACAGAGACCAAACUAUUUGGAAUUGGUACCACAAACAAAUCUGAAUGUACGCAAAUCUGGAAGUGUUUUGACUGAUGAUGACAAAUCGCCCACCACACCCUCUUCGCCUAGUCGUGAAAUAAUGAAACUGAAGGAACAACUUGAACAACAGGCGCUGCAAACGCGCCAAACUAUGGCGCAAUUGCUUUUUGUGCGUGAGCAGUUAAUUUCGGAGACGAAUCUUCGUAUGGAAGCUCAGGCACGCACACAACAAUUGUUGCAGCAAAAUCGCGAAUUACUCGAGCAUUUGGCGUCUUUGGGUGGUUACACUGACCAACAAACUACGGGGCUGACAUCGGCCAAUAUUGCUAUGGCGCCACAGAGUCAGUUGCCCAUCCUUCUACAGACUGCAAGUAACAACAAUAACUUGGCUGCCAUUAAUCAACAAAUUAACAAUUUGGGAUCAUUAAAUCAACAAAUAACAACGUUGAGCCAACAGCUCAGCGGCCUCAAUCAACAAAGUCAAAAUUUACAAAAUUUUCAAAAUAUCAAUGCAAAUUUAACGCAGCAGGCACAACAAAAUUCCCAACAACAACCACAAACAUCACAGCCACUCACACCACCCACACCCGCCACAAUAUUACAACAAUCUCAGCUGCAUUUGAAUGUAUCUACUGCCAAUAAUAACAAUAAUACUGGCACACUUUCCACCAGUCCAUUUCACUCGAUGAAUCAAUUGCAGAACAUCAAUAGUCAAUUGCAUCAGUUGAAUCUGCAAAGUACCCAACCACAGCAAGAUACAGCUAACAAGGAUCUAUUUCAACUAAAUCAAGAACUAUUGAAUCGUAUUCAAGCUCUUAAUUUAGGGGCAAGCACAUCAACGUCACUUGCAUUGCGAGCUUCUCCAUUACCCGGAACGGUUACACCACAGACAUCACAAAAUUCCUAUUUCUUUGUUAAUCCAAUGUCAUGCAGUCCAUCGAAUAAUAACAAUAAUUUUCUGAGUACAUCUAGUCUGCUUAGUAAUUUAACGCCUUCGCCAAUGGGCACAUUAAACAGAAAUUCAUACUCAAAUAGUCCAAUCACCGAUGAAAUGCGUUUAAGCAUUGAUAAAAAUUUAAAUAAUCUAGAUGAGCAAAUGAUGAAAAUAAAUGCUGCAGUUUCCACUAGCAACAUCGCAACCACAUCCGGUACGCGGGAAAGUAGCUCGCAUUCAUCAUCCACACUGGACUCGCCAUCAUCACGUCCUAAUUGUGCUAAUAUCAACAACAAUGAGCAGCGCUUUAAUACGGUCAUGCUUAAAGUGACCGAUGAAGCUGGUAAUGUGACAAAUCAACGUAAGCUUUCAGCUACACCCAGUUUUAUAACACGUAGCACUAGUGAGAAAGUGCCUAAUCGGAGUCAAAUGAUGAGCCACGUACAAAGAACCGCUUGGGCGAGGCACACUACUAAAUAGGAAUACCAGAAAUUUUACUAAGGCUGUAAACACCAAUAGCUCAUUAAGUGUAGAAAACUUAACCUCUUUUAACCAAAAAACAUUUUUUUGAAUUCAUAAGUAUUUUUCGAGGUUUUACCAAAUAUUAAAUAAUCUGUAAGGUUUAAUAUUAAAAUGUCCUUCUAAAAAGCCUUGCUCACAUUAGUAAAUGCAAUUA